GUGGCGUCAUCUCCGGGCGCCGAGGGUGACUGGACUUGAGGUGGGCUUCCAAGGCUCCGCGGAGCUCGGGUUGUAUUCGCUGCAUACUGGAGGGCGGAAGUGCAGCAGGGCUCGGCUCCGACCUCCGCGCCGGUGCUUCCUGCGGCUGCGCGGGCUCUCCGGACUCCGGCUCCCGCGCCUCUGCAGGACAGUGUGUCAGGCAGGCAAGCAGCCCCACCGCCCGGCUGGAGCCUGGGACCCGAGCUUCUCCACCGGUGCGGGAAGCAGCCGGCGCUUCGGGUAGGUUUGGCUUUGGUUGAAGAAGGAACUUAGCCUAUAUGUACUGCUUUAACCAUUGGAAGAAUGACAGAUGACAAAGAUGUGCUUCGAGAUGUGUGGUUUGGACGAAUUCCAACUUGCUUCACUCUGUAUCAGGAUGAGAUAACUGAAAGGGAAGCAGAACCAUACUAUUUGCUUUUGCCAAGAGUAAGUUAUUUGACGUUGGUAACUGACAAAGUGAAAAAGCACUUUCAGAAGGUUAUGAGACAAGAAGACAUUAGUGAGAUAUGGUUUGAAUAUGAAGGCACACCACUGAAAUGGCAUUAUCCAAUUGGUUUGCUAUUUGAUCUUCUUGCAUCAAGUUCAGCUCUUCCUUGGAACAUCACAGUACAUUUUAAGAGUUUUCCAGAAAAGGACCUUCUGCAUUGUCCAUCUAAGGAUGCAAUUGAAGCUCAUUUUAUGUCUUGUAUAAAAGAAGCUGAUGCUUUAAAGCAUAAAAGUCAAGUAAUCAAUGAAAUGCAGAAAAAAGAUCACAAGCAGCUGUGGAUGGGAUUACAAAAUGACAGAUUUGACCAGUUUUGGGCCAUCAAUCGGAAACUCAUGGAAUAUCCAGCAGAAGAAAAUGGAUUUCGUUAUAUCCCAUUUAGAAUAUAUCAGACGACUACUGAACGACCUUUCAUUCAGAAGCUGUUUCGUCCUGUGGCUGCAGAAGGACAGUUGCAUACUCUAGGAGAUCUCCUCAAAGAAGUUUGUCCUUCUGCAAUUGCACCUGAAGAUGGGGAGAAAAAGAAUCAAGUGAUGAUUCAUGGAAUUGAGCCAAUGUUAGAAACACCUCUGCAGUGGCUGAGUGAACAUCUGAGCUACCCAGAUAAUUUUCUUCAUAUUAGUAUCAUCCCACAACCAACCGAUUGAAGGAUCAACUGUUAGCCUGAACAGAAUCACCCUUUAACAGGAUUUAUCAGAGCAUGUCACCCUUCUGCUUCAGUCAGGUUUGGUGGAGGCAACCUGACCAGAAACACUUCGCUGCUGCAAGCCAAACAGGAAAAAGAUUCCUUGUCAGAUAAGGCAAUUGGCUGGUCUUACUUUGCAUCACUACUGCUUUCCUCUACUACUGUCAUUAAACCUCAGCUGCGACAUGAAAGACUUUACAGGACCACUGCAAGUCUUCUGUUUUCUUGUAAAAUAUAAUGAAGCCGAAACCUUUGGCCUAAGAAGAAAAUGGAAAUAUGUGCCACUUGAUUUGUAUUUCUGAUUAACAAAUAAACAGGGGUAUUUCCUAAGGUGACCGUGGUUGAACUUUAGCUCAAGAGAGUGGAAACAUUGGUUUAAUUUUCAAGAGAAUUAGACUUAAGAAAGUAAAAGAGAAAUUCUGUUAUCAAUAACUUGCAGUAAUUUUUUGUAAGAGAUCAAAUUACAGUAAACCCAUCUUUCCUUAAUGAAAAUUUCCUAUGUUUACAGUCUGUCUAUUGGUAUGCAAACAAUCUUGUAACUUUGAUAAUGAACAGUAAGAGAUUUUUAAAUAAAGCCUUUAAAUAUGUUUUGUCAUUUAAUAGCAUACAAUUUUGUCACUUUUCAAGUACUUUCUGACUCAUAUACGAUAGAUGAUUUUUACUCUGUUACCACUUUGACUUGUCAUUAUCGUCAUGAGGUGGAUACAGGGCAUAGGUAACUUGUCUCAGGAGCUGUCAUAGAGUUUCUUCCUGCCAGUUUUAAAAUCUGUGUUCUUUACACACUAAAGAUAUAAAUAGUGUGACUGUUUAUCUUUGCUGUUUUGUUUAUCACUAUAAUCCUGUCGAAUCAUAGUAUGCUAUGCAUCUGUAUAAGAUAAUUUUGCAUUUUUGUAAAAACCCAUUUCUUUCCAAGCUAGUGUUUUUCGUUGGCUCCAGGUUAAUAUUUCACUGUGGUUCCCUGGCAGCCAGUCUUUGAAAUCUAAAGAUUACCUAUCUCUUGACUGCAGUAACUUUCCUUAACUUUACCAAAAAUAUCCAGAGGUUACUGGAGUUCUUAUUCAAUUUAAGGAAAGCUUGCUGCAGUUUAUUACCAAGCUGCUGGGAUCAUACCAGUUUGUGCAUUGCAGUUGGUUUCUUGUGAGCUAGCUUGCUGUUCACAUUGAAUGUUGACCCAUUUGAGUAUGCUAAAAGACAUACCGUAUCACACAAUAAUGGUUUUAGAUUACAUAAUAAAAAAUGAAUGUUUUUCAUAUAAAAAAAUACACAAAUAUUGAAGUGAGAUCCUGCUAGUGCUCAUUGUUUUUCUUUUUCCUCUUGUGAUUUUUACUGAUUAAUAGCAAAUUUAUUCACAGAAUGAGAUAAAGUUGGUCAAAGAUCAAAUAUUCUGGAAUGGAAAUUGUAAGGCUCAAAAAGAAUAAUAGGGUAGCAAUCACAGAAAAAUAGAAGCAAGUAGAAAAAAGUUGGCUGAUGUAAACAAAAUGAAAAGUGCCAUUUUAGUAAAGGCAGGAAAAAAUAGCAAUAUUUGAGUUAUGUAAGGAUAAAAAAUCCACUGACUUGUAGUUUUGCAAAAGAAGUUGGUCUGAUUAUGAUUGUUCACAUUAAAAGUGUUUAUUCGUCUAUUCGGUUUGGGGAUUUUCCCCCUUGAUGUUUUGACAGACUGAAGUGAGCUUCAGUAAGCAAAAGGAUCAAAAUGCCAGGGAGUGCUAAGCUGUGAUGAAGCAAGUGUGUUAAGAAUGGUAAGCCAUGGUAGUUUUCCACAGAUGAAACUGUGUAACAUCUUCGCAGUGAGCUUGAGCGAACUAGUAGAUCAUUACUUCCAGAUUUGAAAGUAAGUAUUAUCAAGCCAUUGCCCACUUGUACUUCUUUGUUCUUUAUUACACCAGGAUCAUAACUUUAUUGCUCUGCUAUAAUCCCAGGGAAGUCCAUGCCGCAGAGGAAGAAUAAAAUCAGAAAUUAAUGCUGGCUUAAACAUCUAUUUUUGUUUCUUUUUAUUUGAAUAUUUAAAUUUUAUGGUUUAUUAAAAAAUUAAAUAAAUGUUGUCUGUCUUUAUUGCUAUAAUUUGGAAAUGAAAUUUAUAUAAAACAGGUUACCUAUUGGGAAAAUCAUUAAAAUUUCCUUUGUUUUAAAUCUGUCAUUAAAGUUUUCUGAGAAAUGAAAAGGGUGAGGGGUAAAGGAGAGUAUGUGAAAAAAAAAUGGAGAGGACCAGAAAUCUCAAUAUGCUUAACUCAUCCUUAGUAAAUAAUGACCCUCUAGGAAAAUAAAAAUGUUUUAAAAUUAUUGGUAUGUCAACUAAGAAGGAAUAAAUUCAGACUAAAUGAAGUAAA